UCACCGCGUCACGCAUCACGUGACUGGAUUUACCGGAAGUAGUUCUCUACCGGCUUCCGGGAGAAGAUUUUUCCGUCCGUCCGGCUUCUGCGGACUCAAGGAGAGAAAGGAAAAAACGUUCCUCAGUGUAACAACACUUAGGACCUAAAAAGAUUCAUUAAUAUAUGUAUGCAGGUCCACAUCCGCCUCCCCAUGCAGAACUCCAUGAAAUGAAUAAAGCACCACAGCCUCUAACAGGACCCCCCAACCCCCACCCUGCCCCCUCCCCCGGCCUGCCCUCAUUCCCCCCCGGGCAGCCCCCUUCUGUUGUGUUUGCCACCCCACCGCCUUCACAAAUGAACCCAACACCUCAACCCCGACAGUUUGCCCCAGGGCCCCGACCUAUACACCAACAGGGAAGCUUCAGGUCGCUACAGCCCUACUACACCAACAGGGCCAGCCUGCCUCCCAACAGCGGGCCCCGGGGCGUCCCUCCCAACAGCGGCCCUCGACCGGUGACGCCCACCCACGUCUACCAGCCGGGCCCCGGCUCUCAGAUGAUGAUGAUCCCUGGGCAACAACUGCCCUUCCCCAGCUCGCCGCAAGGACCCGCCUACUUCAUACCGGGACAGUACCGGUCGGCGACCUACGUGGCCACACCCCAGCAGUACCCGGUCCCAGCGGGCACCCCAGGCUUCUACCCAGGCACCAGCCCCGCCGAAUAUGGUACUUAUGCAGGGGCCUACUACCCCGCCCAGCCUCAGUUCACCCCGACGGUGCAGGCGGCACCGGUGAUUAUGAACCCGGCCCCUCAACAGCAGCAACCACCACCUCAGCCUCCACAACACAUCGCCACCAAACGAGAACGCAAACAGAUCAGAAUAAGAGACCCAAACCAAGGAGGUCGAGACAUUACAGAGGAGAUUAUGUCAGGGGGCCGCAGUGGCUCUACCCCAACCCCACCACAGACAACCAUAUCGGGAUCAGAAGGUACAGCUGUGGUCCAGUCCAACGGUGAGAGCGUCCCAGCUGCUGCCACACCGGCACUGGUUAGACCAGAUGACAGAGGAAAACCUACGCCCCCUCCUCCAUCAAAGACCCCUGAACUUGCUAAGGGAGACCCCAUCCCCACAGAGGCUUCCUCCUCUGACACGAACACUAAGCCCCCUGCAUCCCCUCUACCUUCAGAACCAGAGGACGUCCCUCUCGACACUAUUCCCCCUCCUGCACCCAGUGCUCCUGUUGCAGACGUGAUGGAUGCUCCGUCACCUCCCAGAGAAGCCACCCCACCCCCACAGUCGGCGCCCGAGGUGCCCGCCUACCCUGCACCCCUCCCCGACCCUGUCCCCACCUCUGCUGCACAAGGUAAAACAGACAAGAAAACCACAGAGGCAAAGGAGAUGGAGGAGGAAGUGAAGGAGGAGGACGCUAAAGAGGAAGAGGCCGCUGUCUCUCCAGACACACCUCCCUCCACAACUAACGGUAUUGCAGAGGUGGAGCAGGUAAGGCCAACAGUUGGUUUGCCAACCUGUCACCUGGAGGCCCCUCUGGAGUCUCCCAUCGCACAGCCCGAAGAGCUCCGCCUCCCCAACGGUCUGCCGCUGCCGGCACCUCAGGACCCCGAGGUGCCAGCCGCCAGUUCGACAGAGCGUGACGACAGCCCCAUCGCCGAGCCAGACGUCUGCGAGGAGCCCAUCGUGCAAACCUCCACGGCCAUCACUCAGGCAGCCAUCACUCAGGCAGCGCCUACGGCCGUUGUCGCAGACACACCCGCCCCUGUUGAACAGCCUGCACCUGCACCUGUACCUGCACCUGCACCUGCACCUGCACCUGCACCUGCACCUGCACCUGCACCUGCACCUGCACCCGCUGUCCAGGAGAUUCCUGCCGCUCCGGUCGUCCCGGUGGCCCCCGCUCAACCUGAAGUCGAAGACACGGUUCCACCAGUCGCCCUUGAUAUCAAAGAAGAUACCCCAGUGCCCUUCUCUUCCACGGCGGUGGCCACGGAGGAGGAGAAGCCAUCUUCUACCGUGGUGGCCACAGAGGAGGAGAAGCCAUCUUCUACGGCGGUGGCCACGGAGGAGGAGAAGCCAUCUUCUACGGCGGUGGCCACGGAAGAGGAGAAGCCAUCUUCUACGGCGGUGGCCACGGAAGAGGAGAAGCCAUCUUCCACGGCGGUGGCCACGGAAGAGGAGAAGCCAUCUCCCGCGGAGACGGUUACCCCGGCUGACAUCGCCCCAGAAACAGUGCCCUCUCCUCCCACAGCAGAGGAGAGAGAGGACACAGAGGACACCCCUCCUCCACAGGCCGUCACACCUGCCCUCGUGGAAGCUACUAUGCAAGCCGCUGUGUCUGUGCCAAAGAAGAAGAGGAAGAUGAAGGAUCUGAACAAAAAGGAGGCAGUGGGAGAUCUACUGGAUGCCUUUAAGGAGGAGCAGGUUGUGGCUCCACCAGAACCCGAGCCGGCCCCUGCUGUCCCAGCACCAGAGACCAAGCCCCCAACUGCUGCCCCUCCUGGCCCAGAGGAGGCUGACCUGACCUGGGAGGACAAGGAGGACAAGGAGGACAAGCUGGACGCCGAGAACAUUCAGCCGGAUGCCGACUCCGACAAGAAGUACCAGUACAAAACGGAACAAUGGAAGCCACUCAACGCAGAGCAGAAGAAGCAGUAUGACAGAGAGUUUCUUCUGGGCUUCCAGUUCAUCUCAGCCAGCAUGAACAAGCCCGAGGGUCUACCAGCCAUCAGUGACGUUGUCCUGGACAAGGCUAAUAAGGCCCCUCUGCGUCAGCUGGACCCCAGUCGUCUACAAGGAAUGAGCAGUGGCCCCGACUUCACACCCUCCUUUGCCAACCUUGGCAGGCCUGGAAUGGGAGGAGGAGGUGGUGGAGGUGGUGGUGGAGGAGGCGGAGGCGGAGGAGGCAACAGAGGACCACCUCCAGGUAUGGGCAUGCGAGUCGAUGGUCCACGUCGCUCCCAGCAGAUACAGCGCAAAGACCUGAGGAAAACUUUCACCACCAUGUCGCUCGGCGAGGACAUACAGCUGAACAAGGCGGAGAAGGCCUGGAAGCCGUCGGCCAAAAAAAAUGUCCGCACCCGCGCGGCGGAGGAGCCCGAGGAGAACGAGUCAGAGAACGCUAAGACCCAGGAGCUGUUCAAACGGGUUCGCAGCAUCCUCAACAAACUGACCCCCCAAAAGUUUCAGCAGCUGAUGAAACAGGUGACGGAACUGACUAUUGACACUGAGGAGAGAUUGAAAGGAGUCAUAGAUCUCACCUUCGAGAAGGCCAUCUCAGAGCCAGACUUUUCGGUGGCCUACGCCAACAUGUGCCGCUGCCUUAUGGGGCUUAAAGUCGAAACCACAGAUAAGCCGGGCGUCACUGUGAAUUUCCGCAAGCUGCUGCUAAAUCGAUGCCAGAAGGAGUUUGAAAAGGAUAAAGAUGACGACGAGAUCUUUGAGAUCAAACAGAAAGAGCUGGAGGCCGCCGCAGUGCCCGAGGAGAAGCAGCGGCUCAUGGUUGAGCUACAAGACGCUAAAGACAAAGCUAGGAGGCGCUCGCUGGGAAACAUCAAGUUCAUCGGCGAGCUGUUCAAGCUCAAAAUGCUCACGGAGGUCAUCAUGCACGACUGCAUCGUGAAGCUGCUCAAAAACCACGACGCGGAGUCCCUGGAGUGCCUGUGUCGACUGUUGUCCACCAUCGGCAAGGACCUGGACUUUGAGAAGGCCAAGCCUCGUAUGGACCAGUACUUCAAUCAGAUGGAGAAAAUAAUAAAGGACAAGAAGACCUCCUCCAGGAUCCGCUUCAUGUUGCAGGAUGUGAUCGACCUUCGACGGAACAACUGGGUGUCCCGACGAGGCGACCAGGGCCCCAAGACCAUCGACCAGAUCCACAAAGACGCCGAGCUGGAGGAGCACAGGGAGCAGAUGAAGGUGCAGCAAGCCCUCAUCUACAAGAAGGAGCCGGGUGGCGGCGGUUCCGGAGGCAGGAUGGGCGGAGGAGGUCGCGGGGGCUCUCACAACCCCGGCCGUGGCUCUCAACCCCAGGACGAGGGCUGGAACACGGUGCCCAUCUCCAAGAACCGACCCAUCGACACCUCUCGCCUUAGCAAAAUCACUAAGACUCCUGUUCUUGACUUCAACAAUCAGUUGCUCGCCCCCGGUGGUAAAGGCACAUGGGGGAGCUGGGGAAAAGGCAGCAGCGGUGGCACCACUGCCAAACCCGCAGAAUCUGGUCCGGAGCCAGGCGGCCGUCCGACCACCAGCACCCUGAACAGGUUCUCAGCCUUACAGCAGUCAGCGCCCUCCACGGGCUCCUCCCAGGAAUCAGACAGACGAGUUCCUCAGAGGAACAGCUCGAGUCGGGAGCGCGGUGAUCGCUUCGAACGCUCCGACCGCGGCGGUGGCGGCGACCGCUUCGACAGGCGGGACGACCGCGACCGAAACCGACUGCAGAUCACCAAGCGCAGCUUCAGUCGGGAGAACGAGGGGGGGAGCCGGGAGAGAGAGCAGCGUGGGUCGGCCGAUCCCGUCCGCCGGGUAGCGAGCAUGACGGACGACCGAGGCAGCAGAGAGCGAGCCAGGAGCAAAGAGAACGUAAAGCGGGAGGAAGCUGCAACCCCUCCACCUCCCCCGACACCCACCACGCCUGCCUUGACCGAGGAAGAGCUGAGCAAGAAGUCCACCGCCAUCAUCGAGGAGUACCUCCACAUCAACGACAUGAAGGAGGCUCUGCAGUGUGUGACGGAGAUGAACAGCACUCAGCUGCUGUUUGUGUUCGUGCGAAACGGACUGGAGUCGACGUUGGAGCGCAGCACCAUCGCCAGAGAGAACAUGGGUCUGCUCCUGCAACAGCUCAUCAAGAACAACAUCCUCCCAAAGCAGCAGUACUACACCGGGAUUCAGGAAAUCCUGGAGGUGGCUGAAGACAUGGCCAUAGACAUCCCCCACAUCUGGCUGUACCUGGCAGAACAGAUCACUCCCAUGCUCCACGAGGGAGGCAUCCCCAUGGGAGAACUCUUCAGGGAGAUUUCAAAGCCUUUGAUCCCUCUGGGUCAAGCUGGAGUCCUGCUGGUCCAAAUCCUCACUUUACUCUGCAAAGGAAUGAGCCAUAAAAAGGCGGGAACGAUGUGGAGGGAGGCCGGCCUCCGAUGGAAAGACUUCCUCCCCGAGGACGUGGACGUCAACAAGUUUGUGACAGAAGAGAAUGUGGAGUUCACUCUGGGUGACGAGUCGGAGGAGGAGGAGAAGGAGAGCAAAAAGAAGGAGCUGAGCUCUGCAGAGCUGACCAAACAGCUGGGGAGACUGAUCCAGGACAAGGCCGACAACCAGAGGAUCUUUGACUGGAUCGAGGCCAACCUGGAUGAGCAGCAGACCUCCUCCAACAUGUUCGUCAGAGCUCUGAUGACCUGCGUCUGCCAAUCAGCAGUCGUCUGUGAGAACCCCAACAAGCUGGACGGCGAGCAGAUCAAAAAGCGGGCCAAGGUUCUGCAGAAAUACCUGGCGGAUGAACAGAAGGAGCUUCAGGCUGUUUACGCCCUGCAGGCCCUGAUGGUGGAGCUGGAGCAACCUGCCAAUCUGCUGCGGAUGUUCUUUGACACCCUUUACGACGAGGACGUGAUCAAAGAGGAGGCCUUCUACAAGUGGGAGUCCAGCAAGGACCCCGCCGAGCAGCAGGGCAAGGGCGUGGCCCUGAAGUCCGUCACCGCCUUCUUCACCUGGCUCCGCGAAGCUGAGGACGAGGACGAGUCCGACAACAGCUAAGGUGGGGGGGGGCGGGCUCGAACCCUCGGACCGCUGGGAGGAACUGGUGGGAGUUCAGAGAGGAUCCUUGGGGAGAGCGGACGUUUCUGUGGAUGAUUCAGAAAAACCCUGAAUCAGCAAAAACCUUCUGCAUAAACAGAAAAAAAAAAGCAAGAAAAAAAAAAUCUUCAACUGGGAGAGAUUGUAUUUUGGAUCGAACGUUCGAUCAUGUUUUUUUCAUUUUUUUUGUUAUGGGUUUCUUGUUUUUUUUUCCUUGCGCAACUGAAUGUCUUUUUUUGAAAUAAAUGAAAAUACAGGAUUAAAUAUAGAGAAUAGAUACGAGAGAAAGAAUGCUGAGAAGCGUAACAAGCCACGGGAGUAAAAGCUGUUUCCUUCAGUAUUUCUUUUUUUUUUUUUUUUUUUUUUUUUUAAGUUUAUCUCCUGUUUUUCAAAUGGCUUGUCCUCGCCAACGGCAACACUAUUCAAGACACUUUGCUUAUCUAUAAAAGAAACUUAAAAAAAAAAAAAAAAAGGCUGUUCACAUUUAUAUUUUUGAUGACUUCAUCCUUUAUCAUGUGAACGCGACACACAGCGGCGUUGUCGUGUCACAUGAGCGGCGUUUUUUGAUCUACAUGAGGCGCUUCUGUAGACGGCUAACUUUUUUUUUGUUGAAACAUUUUUUUUUUUUUCCAGUGUUGGAUGGUUGGAGUGUGCGUUUUUAUAAUAAAAAAAAUAGAAAAACUACAAAGAAGAGUGUGUGGAGAGCUGUCUGACGGACAUUUCAGACAGGAGGUGAAGUAACGGUUGUGGACUUACGAGGAUUUCGCACAGACUUUAUGAGGACGGUGUCACUGAGGAGCGGGGCAAUGAACUUUGACCAUUUUGCUGCUUGGGAAUGGAGGGGGUGGCUGGUGACGACGCUUCCCCCCGACGCCCCUCAACCCCCAUCACACCCUCCCCCGUGUGUCCGUUGUUUGCUACGCUCACACAAAAAAAAAAAACUGUUUGACUGAGAAAGGAAGAGCUGGAACGAGGGCUGCACCCUCCUACGAAGAAGCCUGUUGUCGGAUUUUUAAAAGAAGAUAAAGUAACAUUACUGAAACUUGAAAGAAAGUAUACAGACAAAAAUCCACAAAAAAAAAAUAAGUAUAACAGUACGAAUCCUACGGCCUUUUCUGCUUCCAUGGGUGGAAAUGCAUUUCAGGAGAGUUCUGUAAAUAUAUACAUGUUUUUUUUUUUUUUUUUUUUU